AUGGAGACCAACCAUCUCCAACUCGCAGAGUCAGCCUACAGGUUUGGUCUGGGUUCUAUUGCUGGAGCUGUUGGAGCCACCGCUGUGUAUCCUAUUGAUCUUGUAAAGACUCGAAUGCAGAACCAACGGUCCACUGGCUCCUUUGUGGGGGAGCUCAUGUACAAGAACAGCUUUGACUGUUUUAAGAAGGUGCUCCGCUAUGAAGGCUUCUUUGGACUGUACAGAGGUUUGCUGCCACAGUUACUGGGAGUUGCCCCAGAGAAGGCCAUAAAACUUACAGUGAAUGAUUUUGUGAGAGAUAAAUUCAUGCACAAAGAUGGCUCGGUCCCACUUUCUGCAGAGAUUUUGGCUGGAGGCUGUGCAGGAGGCUCCCAGGUAAUUUUCACCAAUCCUUUAGAAAUUGUCAAGAUCCGCUUGCAAGUGGCUGGGGAGAUCACCACUGGCCCCAGAGUCAGCGCUCUCUCCGUGGUGCGCGAUCUGGGCUUCUUCGGCAUCUACAAGGGUGCCAAAGCAUGCUUUCUGUGGGACAUUCCUUUCUCGGCCAUCUACUUCCCCUGCUACGCCCACGUGAAGGCUUCCUUUGCAAAUGAAGAUGGGCAGGUCAGCCUGGGAAGCCUGCUCUUAGCUGGUGCUAUAGCUGGUAUGCCUGCAGCAUCUUUAGUGACCCCUGCUGAUGUUAUCAAGACUAGAUUACAGGUGGCCGCCCGGGCUGGCCAGACCACUUACAGCGGUGUGGCUGACUGUUUCAGAAAGAUCCUGCGGGAAGAAGGCGCCAAAGCUCUGUGGAAGGGAGCUGCUGCUCGUGUCUUCCGGUCCUCACCACAGUUUGGUGUCACCUUGCUGACGUAUGAAUUAUUGCAACGAUGGUUCUACGUUGACUUUGGAGGAGUGAAGCCCAUGGGAUCUGAACCAGUUCCUAAAUCCCGGAUUACUCUGCCUGCUCCCAAUCCUGACCACGUAGGGGGCUAUAAACUGGCCGUUGCGACAUUUGCAGGGAUUGAAAACAGGUUUGGACUUUACCUACCUCUCUUCAAGCCUUCAGCAUCUACCUCAAACGUGACUGCUGGGGGCCCGUAGGCGGACUGACCUGGAUGUGGCUGUCGAACGGUUGGAACUGCAGAGAGCCCCAUAGCGUGGCUUCGCCCCUUCCGCAUCUGUCUCAUUUAAAUUCAGGUCAAGGCUUUUUAUAUUAAAUGCAAUCAUUCAUUUUCUGGAUGUUUUUGUACCAAGAUCAUGUGGAAUUAUUCCUAAUUAUUCUUUGGCCCACUGCCCACGAACCUAUGUUUGUAUCUUUUAUACACUGGGAUUUGGGCACCACUAACUUGAUCUGGAGUAAGUCUGAAGGGAAAUUAGGGAUGUCUCCUACCUGAGUCUACUGAAAGGCAGCCAUGGUUCCUAAAGCGAAGAGUUCUGAGGAUGUUUAAAGAAGUAGAAGGCUGGGAAUAUAUUUAUAAAAAUGAAAGACACUGUAAGAAAAAAAACAAAUAUCUAGCCUGGACUCAAAUUUUAAACAUGCACAAAUUUGGCCUCUGGAUUGUAUUAUGAAGGUUUUAUGUGAAACAUGUUUUUUCAUAAUGAAAGCCACAUUGAGGAUGUUUAGUAAUCAUACUCUCUUACUCGUACCAAGUCUACUAGGGAAAAGUUUUGAAUGUUAAGGAAGUGCUUUUGGCAUUCUUAUUAUAGAGACAGAAGAAACUGAGACACAGUUCUGCUCCUAAGAGUGUUGAUUUUGGAUAAAUGCUUACAUGAUGAACACAUGCUGAUUCCUGUCAAUUUUAACAGACACUAAGAAUAAUGCCACCCCCUCGUGCUGGGGCCAGCCUGCUCCCACGUGUAUGGUAGGCGCCCAUUCACCUUUAAAAUCAUUUUAUCUUGAUCAUGUCAGACAAAUAUACUCAAAGUUUUUAUUUAAUUUGGGGUGCCUUGUAUCAUGGUCAGAGGCUCAUGUGUUUGUGAAAGGGAAAUAAACUAUUUUUAAAGCUAAAAAAAA